GAUGCGCCAGAGGUCGUGGCUCUUUAAAUGGUUGGGAAUAGGCAUUGGCGUUCUACUGCUCACCGCUGCUAGCUAUUCUCAGGAUUCGGAUGACUGGCAGUAUGAGGAAUGCAAGCUCUCCAGAACAGGCCCGCCUGCAACCAUUGUAGCCAUAGAUGAGGAGAGUCCUAAUGGAACCCUUCUGGUGGAGAACAUGCAGAUAAAUGGAAGAGCAGAAGACCCUGACAGAACCAUCUCUUUAUCUCUGCGAGACAACUACGACUACUGGGUCAUUCUGGACCCGGUUAAACAACGCCUGUAUCUCAACAGCACCGGACGGGUUCUGGACAGAGAUCCUCCCUCCUACAUUCAGUCCAUUGUGGUGCAGGUUCAGUGUACUAAUGAGCUUGUUGGCACGGUGAUCCUACACGAGGUGCGGAUAGUCGUACGGGAUCGAAACGACAACACCCCACGCUUUCAGCAGCCGCGCUACUAUGUAGCGAUUAAUGAGCUAACACCUGUCGGAACCACCGUCUUCUCAGGUUUUACAGGGAACAAUGGGGCUGUUGACAUUGAUGAUGGUCCUAAUGGACAGAUUGAAUACACCAUUCAAUACAACCCUAAAGAUCCGACCACAAACAGGACAUUCGACAUCCCUCUCACCCUGUCUGGAUCAGUGGUUCUGAGAGAGAGGCUGAAUUAUGAAGAGAUCACACGCUACCUGGUCAUCAUUCAGGCCAACGACAGAGCUCCAAACCCAAAGGACCGGCUCACCGCCACCACCACGCUCACUGUGGAUGUGUUGGACGGGGAUGACCUGGGCCCAAUGUUUCUUCCUUGCAGCCUGGUACACAACACCCGUGACUGCAAACCUCUUACGUACCGUGCCAGCAUCCUGGAGCUCACAGAUCCGAGUCGAGUAAACCCUGUCAACGUGACUCCUCCCAUUCAAGCUGUGGAUCAAGACAGAAACAUCCAGCCUCCGUCAGACCGCCCGGGAAUCCUGUACUCCAUUCUCAUCGGGAAGCCUGCGUCAUAUGCAGAGUAUUUCUCCUUGAAUCAGACCACAGCUGAGCUUCAACUCCUGAAACCCAUCAGCAGGGAGAAGUACCAGCAUUUGGACUUGGUAAUCAAGGCAGAGCAGGAUAACGGACACCCUCUCCCCGCGUUCGCUAAUCUCCACAUUGAGGUGCUUGAUGAGAACAAUCAGGCGCCGUAUUUCCAGGUGGCCACUUAUCAUGGAUUCAUCUCGGAGUCUGCUCCGCUGGGCACAACUAUCUCGAGCAGUGCCAAUCUCUCCACCCCCCUCGCCAUUAUCGCCCUGGAUAACGACAUCGAGGAGACGAAAGAUCCCAUGGUGCGCGUCUCUCUGGACAACUACAACAGCAUCUUUGCAGUGACGCCCAGUGGGAUCUCACGCUACCUGACACUACUGAGGCCCGUGGACCAUGAAGAACAGCCGAGUUAUGCCUUCACGAUGACUGCCUCAGAUGGCGUUCAGGAGAGCUCUCCAGUCACUGUAAAUAUCACUGUGAUUGACGCCAAUGACAACACACCCACCUUCUCCAACGUCUCCUACAGUGUAAAUGUUUACACAGACAUGCAGCCUGGAGACACAAUCUUACAGCUGACAGCAGUGGACGCUGAUGAGGGUCCCAAUGGGUUGGUGAGCUACAAAAUCUUGGCAGGGGAUCAGGGGCACUUCACCGUCAAUGACUACACAGGAAAGAUCACCGUGCUGCCUGGUGUAAACCUGACCGUGGGACGGUCCUACGCCCUCACCGUUAGGGCCUCGGACAACGCUCCUGCGUCCCAGAGAAGAAGUUCCAUUACUACGGUGUAUAUUGAAGUACUGCCCCCCAACAACCAGAGUCCUCCCCGUUUUCCUCAGCUCUUAUACAGCCUGGAGGUCAGUGAGGCCAUGAGGACUGGAGCCACGCUUCUCAACAUACAGGCAACCGACCGUGAAAGAGAUCCCAUUACAUAUACAGUCCUCAGAGGAGAUCCAAACAAUGUCUUUGAAGUCUCCCAAACGUCCGGGCUGUUGCUGCUGGCGAAGACACUGGACAGAGAGAUCACGGAUCACUACACGCUAACAGUCACGGCCUCCGACGGCAAGCCAGAUGGGACCUCGACCGCUACGGUGAAUAUAGCGGUGACUGAUGUCAAUGAUAAUGACCCUGAGUUCGAUCCUCUGCUGCCCCUUAAUCUCACAGUUCAAGAAGAAGAGGCAAAUGCUUUUGUGGGUCAAGUAAAGGCCACUGAUCUGGACCUGGGCGUUAACGGGCAGAUCAGAUACAGACUGGUCAGUCACACAGAUCUCUUCAGGAUCAGCACUGAUGGCAGCAUCUUCACAGCUGUGCCUCUGGACCGUGAGGAAAGGGCUCAGUAUGAUUUGGUCGUGCAGGCUUCAGAUGGGGCCAAGGACCCUCGCCGGACCACUGUCACGCUCUCCAUCAAAGUGCUGGACGUGGAUGACAACAGUCCAGCCUUCUCCCAGACAGCUUAUUACGUCACCCUGCCAGAAAACAACCCGGUGGGCAUGAUUAUCCUCAAUAUCAGUGCACUGGACCCCGAUCUGGACGCGAACGUCACGUACCGUAUCAGGACCAAAGAGGCCAGAGAGCUGUUUGCACUGAAUCCUCUCACCGGGGAGCUGAGGGUACUUCAGUCACUUGAUUUCGAGAAGCUCUUGCCGAAUAGGACGACAUGGAACUUCGUGGUAGAGGCUGUGGAUGGCGGAAGUGGCAAAAUGCCACCAGGGUUGGCCUCUGUUACCAUCACUGUGUUGGACAUGAACGACUUCCCGCCAGUGUUCAGUCAAAUGCUGUACCGGGGAAUGGUGGCGCCCAAUGCAAUCAAGGGGACCACUGUGACCACUGUACAUGCUGAGGACCUGGACCCACCGGGUACGGCAGCCAGUCGAGUUAACUAUAAAGUGGAUCUGGAGCAGUUUCCUUACAGCACUAGUAUCUUCGACGUGGAAGAGAACUCUGGCAAUGUUCUCACCAGGGUCAAUCUGAAUGAGGAGCCCAACACUAAAUUCAGUUUGGCAGUUAUUGCCUACGAUGAUGGGGAGCCGGUGAAGUUCAAUAAGACUCUGGUGGAGAUCACUGUGCUGCAGCCGUCCAUCAUUCCUGUGUUCACGCAGGAGGAGUACAGGUUCUCUCCAGUCAGCGAAAAUGCCCCUGUGGGAACGGUUGCAGGAGUCAUCUUGGCAGCCGCCAUAAACCAGACCAUCGUCUACUCCAUCAUCGAAGGAAAUGAGAGCGGUGAAUUUGUUGUGAACAACAUCACUGGAGUUAUCAGCACUGCCAAGCCGCUGGACUACGAGAGCAACAGCAGUUACGUCCUCCGCGUGGAAGCUGACUCCAUGAGGGUGGUGUCAUCCAACCUACGAGCACCAUCCAAAAGCAACACAGCAAAGGUCUUCAUCGAUGUGCAAGAUGAGAACGACCAUCCUCCUGAGUUCACUAAGCCCUUUUACCUCGGUGGGGUUGCAGAGGAUGCCAGGACCUUCACCUCUGUUUUACAGGUCCAGGCUGUGGAUAAGGACACAGGGAAUUACAGCGCCAUGCUGUACAGGCUGAUUAUCCCCCCAACUACUGACGGCAAAGAUGGCUUUGUUAUUGAGCCUUUCACAGGAGUAAUUAAGACAGCCAUCAUGUACAGAAACAUGCGGCGCUCCUAUUUCAGAUUCGACGUGGUUGCUACCGAUGACUACGGGGAGGGACUCAGCAGCAGCGCUCAAGUUGUGGUGUCGGUGGUUAACCAGCUGGACAUGCAGGUGGUCGUAUCCAACGUGCCGCCCACUGUAGUUGAGCAGAACAAGGAUCGACUGAUUGGGAUUUUAGAGCGCUAUGUCCAGGACCAGAUCCCAGGAGCUAAAGUUGUUGUGGAGUCGAUCGGUCCGCGCCGUUUUGGAGAGGGUUAUGAACAGGAGGACUACUCAAAAUCUGACCUGAUGAUUUAUGCAAUCGACCCUCUGACCAAUAGAGCUCUCUCAAGACAGGAGCUCUUCAAGUUUUUAGAUGGGAAGUUAUUAGACAUCAAUAAGGAGUUCCAGCCCUAUCUAGGUCGCGGGGGACGCAUUCUGGAGAUCCGCACGCCGGAUGUGGUGGAGAGCGUGAAGAAGGCCGUUCAGUCUGUUGGAUACACCGAAGGAGCUCUGCUGGCCCUGGCCGUCAUCAUCAUCAUGUGCUGUAUCCCAGCCAUCCUCAUCGUCAUCAUAACCUACCGGCAAUUCAAAGAACGACAGGCAGAGUGUGCAAAAACAGCCAGGAUUCAAAUGGCGCUUCCCACUGGCAAAUCCGGAGGCGCUGCCACCAACAAUCUGUAUGAAGAACUCGGCGACAGCACCAUCAGGACUAAGAGGUGUGUUCUGAAGGAUGGCGAUCGGCAGCGUCUCAUUAGCUCAUUUGCCUCCCGUGCAAUCACUGCUCACAAGCUUUCCACCGCUAAUGGAGUCCUGCUUAACAACUUGCCUAAGUCAGAAAGCAACAUAACUUUCCUUUCUGACGAGAACCCUCUUACUACAACCAACCCCCUAUACCAUGAUGACGGCACCCUCAGCAGCCCUGAUCACCAGAAUCACAGGUACCACCUAGGCACGUAUUCACCCAACAUGAGAGGUCUGAGAAAGUCCAUCCUGCACUUCCCAUCUGCAGGCUCAGGACAUGCCUGGACUUUACCUUCGAGGUUGCACAAGUGGGAGACCAAUGAAGCCCUACGGAGUAGAAGGGUGGCUAUGGAUCCAGUUCAGUGGGAGUUGCAUCUGCUAAAGUCAGACCUAAAGGACAGUAAGGAGAUGAUUGAUGGGUUUGAUGGGCUUGUAGACGGAGACCCAGAGCCCAAAUUGACAGUAAAAGAGCAGGCUCGACAGUUUGAGCAGCAGGCCUUGCAGGACAUAAGACAGAGGCAAGGCCAGGACUCCCGUGGGUCACUCUCUUCUGAAAUUAUUCUCUCGGUUUUUGAGACCCCACAGUCUUCAGUCAUGGGAUAUAACAGCAGGCCCCCAGCGAUAAUCAUAACCCAGAGUGACGGAACGCCUCCACCUAGUCACAAACCCACUCCACCAGUGCUGCGGAAGUUCAGCAGAAUAACUACCUAUUCCGAUGUGGAAUCUUACGAGGUCAAUGUGGAGAUCAUCCCAGACCCACCAGAUGUACCUGCUCCACAACCCCCACCACCUCCACCUCCCUCCAGUCCCCCACCACCGCCACCUCCUUCUAGUCCACCACCCCAAUCCAUUUCAGUCCCUCCAUCCCCACCAAACCCUCCUCGUCCAACCCCUCCACCUCCUCCUCCUCUCCCACCUCCUUUAUCACCAACCUUUUCCCGUUCAAUACCUCCUUCUCCAUUUGUCCUUCCUCCUCUUCCCUCAGUCACAUCCCUUCGACCGGUGUCCUUACGGCCCACUCCACCUCCACCGCCGCCCGAGCCUGAGCCUCCCAAGAGGGAACUCAAAGGGAUUCUUAAGAACAUCCAGAACAUAGCCGACAUAGAGAAAUCUGUUGCCAACAUGUACAGUCAGAUAGAUAAAAAGCAACGGCCACCAAAGAUUUUCCCCAAACCACAAGUGUCUGUCGAAACAGAGGCUGAUGUGUCAGAGGCGGAGACUGUACUAGAAAUUCCAGAACCAGAGCCCAAUCUAAACAUGAACUCACUAGUGGAGGAGCUGGAGAAACGCUUUCCUUCUCAGUCCACUAUCCUGUGACUCUAUCUUUGUCCAUGUUGCUAUUACUGUUUUAGAAGCAGUUCACACAGGAUGCAGUCUAGCAUUACAGCUAGGUGGUUAGCCUCCACUCUCUUUCAUUGAAUUAAGGUAAAGCCGUCAAUGUCCCAACAGGGCAUGGACAUACUGCGCUGAUUUGGAAUCUGCGCAGUAGUGAGCUGCAUCUUGCCCACAAACCCACAGAGUCAAUCGUACACACACGUCCCUGACUCUUUAAUUAGCCUGACUGCUCCAAUUUUUGUCUGCUGAUUGCCGUACAAGACGCUUGUGUUAAAAUGAGGUACAUACAACUCGUUUGCACCUUAGAACGCUGAGAGAAAUCUCUGCUGUUAAUCAAGCACGAUCUAUCAAUCAAACUAAUUACAAGCUUAUUGUAAUUACAAGCUUAUUGCAAACUAAUUACAAGCAUGAUCAAAACUACAUAAAAUGGAAAAAAAAAUUAAAUGUAAUUAUUUACAUUGUUUUACAUCCCCUUAAAUAACAUGGAAAGGGCAGGGAUUAAGACCUAUACAGGACCAACCUGUGGGUGAUCACUUUCGAAGACUUAAGGCUGAUUUAUACUCAUGCAUCGAAACUACGAUGUAGCCUGAUGUGCAACUCUCCAAAAAUGACACAGCACAUCGAUUCUACGUGAACCGCAAGCACUGUGAUUGAUCUGCUUGAACCCCUCCCUUCAUAUAUAUCCGAGCUUUGUGUGUGUUUAUGAGCACUGCAUUUAAAGCUUUAAUGUUACACCUUUAUAUUUAAAAUAAAUCAAAUCAAAGAACAAGUGUCUUAUUUAUUAUUUUGCAUAGCAUUAUACAUGAGUAGUAUACAACAAUGUUGAUCUGCCGUGGUACACGUCUUUGUGGAGAUGGAAUAAAUUCUCCUGUUCCGCUGUUGUCUUUGUUUUAUAGUUUUAAUAAUGAUUUAAUAAUUUGAUAUUUAUGUUUUGUUGUCAAGGCUAUAAUGCUUCUUCAAUGUGUCGUUUGUUCUUCGGCUUUUGCCGUGGUGUGGCGGGUUACACGAGCAGCAUACUUGUGGACACUGCAGACUAGCGGUCCGCAUGUGUAUUGCGCGUCGAUGCAGAAGUAUAAAUGAAAUCCGAUGCACAAUUUAUGGCGUAAUGGCUACAGGGUAGGUCUGACGCAGCAGUAUAAAUCAGCCUUUAUGUGGCAUUCCUGCACAAGAAUGUUUCCUGUGUGAACAGCCCCUUAAACUAGCACUACGUUCUUGUCAUCUUUUUGUCUUAUCGUUGUAUGUAAUUUUACUGUAUAACAAAAUCGAAUGUUUGUGCUUUUACAGUUUUUGUAUUUUUAAUAAGUUUUGCAAGAGUGUUUUAUUAUUUAGUUGAGAAAAACCUUCAUACAGGCAUUUUAAUGUGUUUUAGUAUACAAAACACUAUUACUUUUUAUCACUAUUACUAGAAAUUCUACUAAUCAUAUGCCCUGAUGUCAGGUUAUAUGUUAUUUGAUGGGAUAAAUGUCUUCUAUAAAGGUACACUUCAUGCUCUCACAUCUCAUUUCUCUUUCUUUCUUUUUUUCCUCAUGUUUUCCUUUGUUAAUUGUAUUAGCAGCUUUUUGACGCCACAUUUACUCUAUCUACCGGUUUUAAACAUUAUCUGGCACAGGAUAAGAACAGUCGUUUAUGCGAAUGUAAACGGAUUGAUAAAAAAGGAUGCGUGUAAAAAUAUCAGAUCUGUGCUUUAGACCUCACAGUGUGAGCCUGCGUUACCAUGCAUGCAUUAAGAGAGCCGUGUGGCUCAGACCGUUGCAUUCAUUUUACAUGAAAGAUCGUUUUGAGCAAAUACUUUUAUUUUUUCAAUGCAAAAGUGACAAAAAACUGCACUCCAAAAAGUGUUGAUCUUCCCUAUAUAAAAA